AUGGGCGUCCCAGACGGUACAACAAACGGCCACGGAGGCUCUCGAGCCGCCAAACACAACCUCCCCUCACAUUUCAUUGGUGGCAACCACUUAGACGCUGCUGCCCCAAGCAGCGUCAAGGACUUUGUCGCUAACCAUGAAGGUCACUCCGUCAUCACCUCGGUCCUUAUCGCGAAUAACGGUAUUGCGGCCGUCAAGGAGAUUCGAUCUGUCCGAAAAUGGGCCUACGAGACAUUCGGCAACGAGCGUGCCAUUCAAUUCACAGUGAUGGCAACCCCAGAAGAUCUGGCGGCGAACGCCGACUAUAUCCGUAUGGCUGAUCAAUAUGUUGAGGUCCCUGGUGGUACGAAUAACAACAACUACGCCAACGUCGAGCUGAUUGUGGAUGUGGCUGAACGGAUGGACGUUCACGCCGUCUGGGCCGGUUGGGGUCACGCCUCUGAGAACCCCCGGUUACCAGAAUCUCUAGCCGCUUCUCCCAAAAAGAUCAUCUUUAUUGGACCUCCCGCCUCUGCGAUGCGAUCUCUUGGUGACAAGAUUUCCUCUACUAUCGUCGCUCAGCACGCUCAGGUACCGUGCAUUCCGUGGUCUGGAACCGGUGUAGAUGAGGUGAAGGUUGAUGAGAACGGCAUCGUUACGGUGGAGGAAGAGGUUUACAACAAGGGAUGCACAUUCUCUCCGGAAGAGGGUCUAGAGAAAGCCAAGCAGAUUGGAUUCCCCGUCAUGAUUAAAGCCUCCGAGGGUGGCGGUGGUAAGGGUAUCCGUAAGGUUGAGAAGGAAGAGGACUUUAUCAACCUGUACAAUGCUGCGGCGAAUGAGAUUCCUGGGUCACCUAUCUUCAUCAUGAAGCUUGCCGGUAACGCCCGCCACUUGGAAGUGCAGUUGUUGGCUGACCAGUACGGUAACAAUAUUUCGCUUUUCGGUCGUGACUGUUCCGUGCAGCGACGGCACCAGAAGAUUAUUGAGGAGGCGCCAGUAACCAUUGCGAACCCUACAACUUUCCAGGCCAUGGAACGUGCCGCCGUGAGCUUGGGUAAGCUUGUCGGUUACGUCUCCGCCGGUACGGUUGAGUACCUGUACUCUCACGCUGAUGACAAAUUUUACUUCCUGGAGCUCAACCCGCGUCUGCAGGUCGAGCAUCCCACCACUGAAAUGGUCACUGGUGUCAACUUGCCCGCUGCCCAGCUCCAGAUUGCCAUGGGUAUCCCUCUGCACCGUAUCCGUGACAUUCGUCUGCUUUAUGGCGUUGACCCCAAUACAUCGGCGGAGAUAGACUUCGACUUUUCCAGCGAAGAGAGCUUCAAGACUCAGCGCCGUCCUCAGCCCAAGGGACACACCACCGCUUGCCGUAUCACUUCCGAAGAUCCUGGUGAGGGUUUCAAGCCCUCUAGCGGAACCAUGCACGAGUUGAACUUCCGAAGUUCAUCUAACGUUUGGGGUUACUUCUCUGUCGGAACAGCGGGUGGUAUCCACAGUUUCUCCGACAGCCAGUUCGGUCACAUCUUCGCGUACGGAGAGAACCGCUCCGCCUCGCGAAAGCACAUGGUCAUUGCCCUGAAAGAAUUGAGCAUUCGUGGUGAUUUCCGGACGACAAUUGAGUACCUGAUCAAGCUCUUGGAGACGCCAGCUUUUGAGGAAAACAAGAUCACCACUGGUUGGUUGGAUCAGCUGAUUUCCAACAAGCUGACUGCAGAGCGUCCCGAUACAACGAUCGCUGUGCUCUGCGGUGCUGUCACUAAAGCCCAUCAGGCUAGCGAGGCGCGCCUUGAAGAGUACCGUAACGGCAUUCAGAAGGGUCAGGUUCCCUCUAAGGAUGUCCUGAAAACCGUCUUCCCCGUGGACUUCAUCUACGAGGGUAAGCGGUACAAGUUCACUGCCACCCGUGCCGGUCUUGACAGCUAUCACCUCUUCAUCAACGGUUCUAAGUGCUCGAUUGGUGUGCGUGCCUUGGCUGACGGUGGACUACUCGUCCUCCUCAACGGUCGGAGCCAUAACGUAUACUGGAAGGAGGAGGCCGCUGCUACCCGUAUUAGUGUGGACGGCAAGACUUGCUUGCUCGAGCAGGAGAAUGAUCCUACUCAACUUCGUACUCCCUCUCCCGGAAAGUUGGUCAAGUUCACCGUCGAGAACGGAGAGCAUGUCCGCGCCGGUCAGCCUUUUGCUGAAGUUGAAGUCAUGAAGAUGUACAUGCCUCUGAUCGCCCAGGAGGACGGUAUUGUCCAGCUCAUCAAGCAGCCCGGUGCCACCCUUGAGGCUGGUGACAUUCUUGGUAUCCUUGCCCUUGACGAUCCAUCCCGUGUCAAGCAUGCUCAGCCGUUCACCGAGCAGCUUCCCCCAAUUGGACCCCCUCAGGUCGUUGGUAAUAAGCCUGCUCAACGAUUUUUCCUCUUGCACAGCAUUUUGGAGAACAUCUUGAAGGGUUUCGACAACCAGGUUAUUAUGAACUCUACUCUCAAGGAGCUCAUCGAGGUCCUUCGCGACCCCGAGUUGCCUUACAGCGAAUGGAACGCCCAGUCUUCCGCCCUCCACUCCCGCAUGCCCCAGAAAUUGGAUGCUCAGCUUCAAAACAUUGUUGACCGCGCUCGGUCACGCAAGGCCGAGUUUCCGGCCAGGCAGCUGCAGAAGACUAUGGUCCGAUUCAUUGAAGAGAAUGUCAACCCUGCUGACGCCGAGAUCCUGAAGACUACACUUCUUCCUUUGGUUCAGGUUAUUAAUAACUACAUCGAAGGCUUGAAGGCGCACGAAUACAAGGUGUUCGUUGGACUUCUCGAGCAGUACUACGCUGUGGAGAAGCUGUUCUCUGGCAGCAAAGCUCGAUAUGAGGAUGGUAUCCUCGCCCUCCGUGAGGAGCACAAGGAUGAUGUUGCCACUAUUGUGCAGAUCGCCCUGUCUCACAGCCGCAUCGGCGCCAAGAACGACCUCAUCCUCGCGAUCCUGUCGAUCUACCGUCCCAACCAGCCUGGAAUGGCCAAUGUGGGCCAGUACUUCAAGUCGAUUCUGAAGAAACUGACUGAAAUUGAGUCGCGUGCUGCGGCCAAGGUCACCCUGAAGGCUCGUGAAGUCCUCAUUCAGUGCGCUCUGCCUUCGCUGGAGGAGCGUCUUUCUCAGAUGGAGCUCAUUCUGCGCUCCUCUGUUGCGGAGUCUCAGUACGGCGAGACCGGCUGGGCCCACCGUGAGCCCGAUCUCGGUGCCCUCAAGGAGGUUGUCGAUUCCAAAUACACCGUGUUCGACGUUCUGCCACGCUUCUUUGUUCACAAGGAUGCGUGGGUCACUUUGGCGGCUCUCGAAGUCUAUGUGCGCCGCGCCUACCGUGCUUACUCAAUUCAGGGUAUCCAGUAUCACCACGAGGGCGAGCCAGCAUUCCUGUCUUGGGACUUCACAAUGGGCAAGCUGGGUCAGCCUGAGUUCGGUUCCAUGACUGCUGUCACCCACCCCUCCACGCCAAGCACGCCUACCACUGAAUCAAACCCCUUCAAGCGCGUCUCCUCAAUCAGUGACAUGUCCAACUUGCUAAAUGACAGCCCCAACGGGACUCCCAGAAAGGGUGUCAUCCUUCCUGUACAGUACCUCGAAGAUGCCGAAGAGUACCUCACCAAGGCUUUGGAAGUGUUCCCAAGGGCUGGCACUAGGAAGCCUAGCGACCAUGGCCUAAUUGCCUCUCUUGAGGGGAAGCGCCGUCCGGCUCCCCGUGCUGACAGUGAGUCUACUGAGCUGACCGGAGUCUUAAACAUCGCCAUCCGUGACAUCGAGGAGCUUGAUGAUGCCCAGAUCGUUGCCCAGAUCAGUAAGCUCGUUUCUAGCUUCAAGGACGAGUUCCUUGCGCGCCGCAUUCGUCGUGUGACGUUCAUCUGCGGCAAGGAUGGUGUCUACCCCAGCUACUACACCUUCAGAGGUCCCAACUACGAAGAGGAUGAGAGUAUCCGCCACAGCGAGCCUGCCCUGGCCUUCCAGCUCGAACUCAACCGUCUUUCCAAGUUCAAGAUCAAGCCCGUAUUCACAGAGAACAGGAACAUCCAUGUCUACGAGGCGAUUGGCAAGGGGCCUGAGAACGAUAAGGCUUUGGACAAACGGUACUUCGUUCGCGCUGUCGUCCGUCCCGGCCGACUCCGUGACGAUAUCCCCACUGCGGAGUACCUUACCUCGGAAGCUGACCGUUUGAUGAACGACAUUCUUGAUGCCCUUGAGGUCAUUGGCAACAACAACUCCGAUCUCAACCACAUCUUCAUCAACUUCUCCCCCGUCUUCAACUUACAGCCCAAAGAUGUGGAAGAGGCAUUAGCAGGCUUCUUGGAUCGCUUCGGCCUUCGCCUUUGGCGCCUUCGUGUCACUGGUGCCGAGAUCCGCAUUCUAUGCACCGAUCCCGCCACUGGCAUGCCAUACCCUCUGCGUGUGAUCAUUAGCAACACUGUUGGCUAUAUCAUCCAGGUUGAGCUUUACAUUGAGAAAAAGUCCGAGAAGGGCGAGUGGCUUCUUCACAGCAUUGGUGGCACUAACAAGCUUGGAUCCAACCACUUGCGUCCGGUUUCCACCCCUUACCCUACCAAGGAGUGGCUGCAGCCUAAGCGCUACAAGGCUCACGUCAUGGGUACUCAAUAUGUGUACGACUUCCCUGAGCUCUUCCGUGAAGCUUUCCAGAACUCGUGGACCAAGGCCAUAGAGAAGAGCCCGAGCUUGAUCGAGCGUCGUCCUCCUCUUGGCGAGUGCAUGGAAUACAGCGAGCUUGUCUUAGACGAUACUGACAACCUGGUUGAGAUUUCUCGCGGCCCUGGCACCAACACCCACGGUAUGGUUGGAUGGAUAGUUACUGCUCGCACCCCCGAGUAUCCCGAGGGCAGACGCUUCAUCAUUGUUGCGAAUGACAUUACCUUCCAGAUCGGUUCGUUCGGUCCAUUGGAAGACAAGUUCUUCCACAAAUGUACCGAAUUGGCUCGUAAGCUCGGAAUCCCUCGUGUCUACCUUUCUGCCAACUCUGGUGCUCGCAUUGGUAUGGCGGAUGAGCUCAUCCCAUACUUCUCCGUUGCUUGGAACGACCCUGCUAAGCCUGAGGCUGGCUUCAAGUACCUUUACCUCACACCUGAGGUGAAGAAGAAGUUCGACGCAAGCAAGCAGAAGGAGGUUAUCACUGAACUGAUUCACGAUGAGGGUGAGGAGCGCCACAAGAUCACCACCAUUAUCGGUGCCAAGGAUGGUCUUGGAGUCGAGUGUCUUAAGGGUUCUGGUCUCAUUGCUGGUGCCACUUCCCGCGCUUACGAAGACAUUUUUACCAUUACUCUCGUCACCUGCCGUUCAGUCGGUAUUGGUGCCUACCUUGUCCGUCUUGGACAAAGAGCUAUUCAGGUUGAGGGCCAGCCUAUCAUUCUUACUGGUGCUCCUGCCAUCAACAAGCUGCUAGGAAGAGAGGUCUAUACUUCCAACCUGCAGCUUGGUGGUACUCAGAUCAUGUACAGGAACGGUGUUUCUCACAUGACCGCUGCUAACGACUUCGAUGGUGUCGAGAAAAUUGUCGACUGGCUUGCCUUCGUCCCCGAAAAGAAGGGCUCUCUGCCACCCAUCCGACCACUCGCCGACCCUUGGGAUCGUGACGUUUCUUACCACCCUCCUGCAAAGCAAGCCUACGAUGUCCGUUGGCUCAUCAAUGGUAAGGAAGACGAGGAAGGCUUCCUCCCUGGUCUUUUCGACGCCGGCUCCUUCGAGGAGGCUCUUGGUGGCUGGGCUCGCACUGUCGUUGUUGGUCGUGCUAGACUUGGUGGCAUCCCCAUGGGUGUUAUCGCUGUCGAGACACGCUCUGUGGAGAACGUUACUCCGGCUGAUCCUGCUAACCCCGACUCUAUGGAAAUGAUCACCCAGGAAGCGGGCGGUGUCUGGUACCCUAACUCGUCCUUCAAGACUGCCCAGGCCCUCCGGGACUUCAACAACGGCGAGCAGCUUCCCGUUAUGAUAUUGGCUAACUGGAGAGGUUUCUCUGGUGGACAACGUGACAUGUACAACGAGGUUCUGAAGUACGGUUCCUACAUCGUGGAUGCUCUCGUCAAAUACGAGCAGCCUAUUUUCGUGUACAUUCCUCCGUUCGGUGAACUCCGUGGUGGUUCUUGGGUCGUUGUCGACCCUACCAUCAACCCCGACCAGAUGGAAAUGUACGCCGAUGAGGAGGCCCGUGGUGGUGUCCUGGAGCCCGAGGGUAUCGUUAACAUCAAAUUCCGCCGCGACAAGCAGUUGGAGACCAUGGCUCGUUUGGACCCUACUUACGGAGAACUUCGCCGCGCUCUUCAGGACAAGAACCUCAGCAAGGAGAAACUUUCCGACAUCAAGGACAAAAUGGCGGCACGCGAGGAGCAACUCCUUCCUGUUUACAUGCAGAUUGCAUUGCAGUUUGCCGAUCUGCACGAUCGUGCUGGCCGCAUGCAAGCCAAGAACACCAUCCGCCAAGCCCUCUCCUGGAAGAACGCUCGUCGCUUCUUCUACUGGCGUGUUCGCCGCCGUAUUAGCGAGGAGUACAUUAUCAAGCGCAUGCUCACCGCAUGCCCUGCUCCUGUUCAGGGUGAAGGCAGCGGAGCUGUCGCCCAGGGUGUGUCGCCUGCCCCUAGCGACUCCCCUCGCACCACCCAUCUCCGCACUUUGCACUCAUGGACUCCCUUCCUUGAGAACGAGGUUGAGAAUGACGACCGUCGCGUCGCCGUCUGGUAUGAGGAGAACAAGGAGCUUAUCCAGGAGAAGAUUGAAGCUCUCAAGUCUCAAGCCAUCGCUUCCCAGAUCUCCGACGUCCUCUUCAGCAACCGCGAAAGCGGCCUCAAGGGCAUUCAGCAGGCUCUCAGCUUCCUCCCUGUUGAAGAGAAAGAGUCCAUUCUCAAAUACCUCGGAUCCAACUAGAUUCACGGAGUCCCCCAUUGUCUCUACGAAGAACAAACCUACUCCUUGUGAAGAAUUGAUUUAUUGCAUUACUACUAUCUUCUUUUAAAGCGCCUUGUUCUUUUCUUUACAUUCUUCAGAUCCAGACUCCUUUAAGGCGACGAUUACUGAUUGCUUGACGGUGGCUUGUUAUGUUUGCUUUGACUGGGUUAGAAGGCACAUGAUAUGGAAUGGUUUGGAUUUUGCAUAUACUGUUGCGUCUUUGUUAUUUAGCUUUUACGU